AUGGUACUGUUGUUUUUUAGUGAAGGAUCAGACUGUUGCUUACCUGGUAUGGCCGCAGGGGUGUGUGGCCCCACACCCCUGGUGUUCCGGCUACACGAUGGAGCCCCAGAGCUGGUGAGAGAGGUGCUGCUGGAAAGAGGCUGGGAGGAGUAUGACGAGCAGGAGCAGGAGGAGGGAGACUGGAACCUCUACUGGCGCACCUCAGCCUUCCACAACUCAGACUAUGAGAACAUACUGCCAUGGCAGAGACUCAACCAUCACCCCAAGACUGUGGGCAUCACCCGCAAGGAUUGCCUGGCCAGAAACCUGAAGAGAAUGAGAGGGACGUUCGGCUCGGGUCUUUACAACUUCAGCCCGACAACUUUCAUCCUCCCCAAUGAUUACACCAGGUUUCUGGCAGAGUACACCAAGCAUCGUUUGAAGAAUGGAGGCAGGUCGUGGUAUUGGAUCUGCAAGCCAGUGGAUCUAUCAAGAGGCAGGGGCGUCUUUAUCUUUGAGGACAUCAGAGACUUGGUGUAUGACUCCUCAGUGAUCAUUCAGAGAUACAUCAGCAAUCCUCUCCUCAUCUCAGGGUACAAAUUUGACCUUCGGAUCUAUGUUUGUGUGAAAAGUUUUCAGCCUCUCACCAUCUACAUGCAUCAGGAGGGAUUGGUACGCUUUGCGACUGAGAAAUACAAUUUGACAUCUUUGGACAACCUUUAUUCUCACCUGACCAACACGAGCAUUAAUAAGUUUGGCCCCUUCUACACAACAGACAAAGAGAGAGUGGGACAAGGAUGUAAGUGGACUAUGAGUAAAUUCCGCUGCUUUCUUCAUAGCCAAGGUAUCAAUGAACUGUUCCUCUGGCAAAAGAUCAACAACAUUGUCACACUAACUUUGCUCACCAUAGCCCCAUCCGUACCUUCCAGUCCCAACAGUGUUGAGCUCUUUGGGUUUGACAUCCUAAUUGAUGCUAAAUAUAAGCCAUGGCUACUAGAGGUUAACUACAGCCCUGCUCUCACCAUCGACUGCCAAGUAGACGUGACAGUCAAGAAAGUACUUCUCAAUGAUCUGGUUGAUCUGAUGAACUACAAGUCCAUGGACAGCGUUAGACAGAGAGGAUAUCUCAAACAGAAGUACAAACGCCCCUGCUAUCUAGGCAGCCAGUCUCUGCAGUCCCCAAUGUUGCUCCCCAAGUCUAGGUGUGAGCACCACCCAGCAAACAAGAAAAGUCACAGCAUCCAUUCUACGUUUUCUGACAGUAUGAGAUACUUUCCAUCAGUUGAGAUGAACCGGAUACGUUCUGCAAGGAAUUCCAUAAGCAACACCAAGGGCUCGGCUCUGAAUCCAAUACUCAUCCCACAUUCAAAGACUGCAGCGGUAACUGGAAACAGAAAGACACAUCCAGUGCUCUCACAGAUGACAGAGGCCAUCCAGUGGUCUGAGGUUACAGAGUCAGAGUUUGAUGACAGAAACCUGUCAACACUUGUUAUCCCAUGGCAGGCCUCAAGGCAACCAGCCGGGGGCUGCUGUAAGCUACCUGCCAUUCACAUUCAAAAGUACAAGACUCCUAAAUUCCCAUGGGACCCUAAAAGCCAAGAUAAGAGCACCCCACCACUCCGUGUGGGAGACUUCAUACUGACGUUUCCUUUUAAUGAGGUCACACUGAAGGCGUCGUGGGACAAGCUCAACGUUAAGACUGCAGUCCACGAGGUUCACAAGCUCAUCAGCCAGCUAGCGUCAGGUUGUAGCCACAAACAGAAGAGAGGGACGGAAGAUGAGUUGGAUAGAUGCAAAGAGAAAAAGGAUUUUGGGUCUUUGUUUUGGGGACCUACGAACCCUCCUCUACUUAGUGAGUGCCACUUGUCAAACUAACUGAGCAACUGAACAUUUUUGGAA